AUGUGUGAGAAAGAUGCUUUGGCAAAAAAAUCACAGUGGGGCACCAAAGACCAUUAUCUCGCUAAGGCAGAGUGGUUGAAGGCAAAGAUAGCUAUUGCUGAAAAGGUUGAACAAAAACAUGCUGCUUUGUGUGCGAUAAGUUCGUGCUAUGAAGAUUGGAUGAAACACGAGCACAGAGCUGACUCCAAGGAAGCGCAAAUAGCUCAGCAUCGCGCAGAGUUGGUUCGCACAAUGGAGUUUGUUUACAGUGAUUACUGUCCAUAUUGGAUAAAAUGGUACAAGUUGGAUGGCAAAGUUCGGUGGGUGUAUUAUCAGCUCAAGGCAGAAGGUUAUGACAACGUUGCAGCUGAGCUCAAAAGGCAAUUAGAAGCGUUUUGGAAUCGUAUAGAAGAAGAAUCCAAUGGCUACGCCUUUUACAAUGCUUUGGAUGCAGCCGUGGAAGCGUUGAAUAAAUGGGAACAAGAAGAUGAUCGUGUUGCUUGGGAUAAGGCCAAACCAGUGUACGACUCCGCACUAGCCAAGUGGAAUGAGUUCAAGCCCAAGGGAGAACAAUCCGCGAAAGAAUUUCACGAACAAAUAUGUGAAUUUGUGAAAAACACUUUGACAGUGUGCACUGUUGUCAAUGAUUAUGUAAUUAGUGCGUUGAAGGAUGAAUUGGGCCAGAAGAGUCAGAAAAUCGAUGAUUUAGUGGAUGAAUUGGGUCAGAAGAAUCAAGAGAUCGCAGCGUUGAAGGAUGCGUUGGACCAGAAAAGUCAAAUGAUUGCUGAUUUAAAUGAUCAACUGGACGAGAAGGAUCAACAGAUCGCUGAGUGUGAUUAUGCAUUAAAAAACAAAUGUCAAGAAAAUAGAAAUUUAAAUGAACAACUGAACGAGAAGGAUGAAGAGAUCGCUGCGUUGAAGUAUGAACUAGACCAAAAGAGUCAAGAAAAUAAAGAAAAAGAUCGAGAAAAUAGAUACUUGCGUGGACGAAUAAGUGAACUCGAGAAGAAGGUUAAAGAUUCCGAUCCUCUUCAACGUACCACACUUGAGCAGGAGUGGCAAAAUUGGUUGGAAAGAACGACGUCAUCGCAUGCAAACUUGGUAAAUUGGAUCCAGGAAAGAAUUGCUGAGAUGACCGCAUUGGAAGAAGAGGAAGCUGCCGCUCGUAGUAGGUAUAAGCAUGAAUUUAAUGAUUCGGUCAAAGAAAUUGAGAAGCAUCACUUUGCGCUUAAGGAAAUGUUGAGUGGGUGGAUAUUUGAAUAG